AUGGCUAGAGUGUCGCAGAAGACAUUAAACUGGCUACAUCGAGUCCUAUCAAAUGCCGAAUACGGUCCUGAUCAAGCAUACAAAGACCCCAGCAGGACGUAUAACGAUGUAGCAAACCUGCUGUUCCAACACCCCGACUUCACCCCUCAGACAGAUGUCUACACAUACGAAAAUGGCACGCCUGCUCUACUCCUUCAUAUCUCAGGAACGCUUCCUGUCACCUUUCGCGGAGCCAUUUAUAGAUUUCCGUUAACGAUAUGGGUGCCCAAGGCAUAUCCCCACGAACCACCAAUGAUGUACGUCACCCCGACGCAGGAUAUGCUGGUUCGGCCAGGACAGCACGUUAGCGGGGAGGGAAGGGUGUAUCAUCAUUAUCUGGCACACUGGGCGGAUGCAUGGGAUCGGUCGACGAUUGUUGAUUUCCUGUAUAUCCUCCGAGACAUAUUUGCGAAGGAACCUCCCGUGAUAUCGAAACAGCAACAGAAUAUAUCACAUAUGGCUCCGCCACCCAAACUUGCUCCGCCAAUCGUUCCCCCUUUACCGCGGGAGCUCAUCGAGCCCGCAAGUGCAGUCCCCUGGCCAUCUAUACGAAACCCGCCUCUUCCUCAGUUACCACCGAAACCGGCCCAAAUAGUAACAGACCCAAGGCAACGAGGACCGUUUCUGCCUGCGCAUAGCCAACCAUCGCCUUUGACCCCGUUCCCUAACGAUAUUCGUCACCAAAGAACUGUAUCCAAUGCCCAAAUACAGAGUCCUCAUAUUGUCCGUUCUCCACAACAGAGAUCUAAUAGCCUAAGGCAGUUCACACCACCAACGCAAAUGGGACCCCAACCACCAGAGCUACCUCUAAAGCAAGGCUUCCAGCAAGGUGGAUAUCGACCACAGUUUACCGGACUGGUUAGCCCCAAUACUGUAAAGGCUCACCCCCCAAUUCAGCCGGUCGCGCCUGUUUCUCGAAUACCACCCUUCCAGCCACGGCCGCUGCCGCGAUCACGGUACCCCCAAGGCCCGUAUGUGCCUCCACUACCUCACCCGGGUCCACAAGCCUUGCCCCAACCUGGUCCACAACCCCUCGCCCACCCUCGACCCAUCCAAGCACCGUCCCACGGCCCAGUUCAGUUCCCUCACCCCUCUCACCAACCACUGCAACCGGUCCCCGUGAAGAUACAGACCGGAGCACUCGAUCUAUUAGCCUCACCGUUUGAACUUGAGCUCCCUUCCAUUUCAAUGUCACAGAUUGCACCGCCCAUCCCUCCGAAUCCAGAAAAGGACGCACUUCUCCGCACGCUGUCCAAGACCCUCACCCAAACACUCCAGGCAAACGUCGCUCAGAUAAAGUUCAGUCUCCAUCCCCUCCAAUCCCAAUCCAAAGCCCUCAAGGCCGCCAUCUCCACCCUUGAAGCCGAAAUCUCCUUCCUAAACUACUUCCGUACAACCAUCCAAUCCAACACGGCGAUCCUUCAACAAUCCCUCCGACGUGCCGACGCCGUCAUUGCGGAUGCGAAAGCACGCCUAUCUACCAAACCCCCAGCGCAUGCGACCAUAGGUGCCAAGCCGCCAUCAUUGUCCGACCCAGCAGCUGCGACAGCGGUAACGGUAACAGAAUAUCAAAGGCCUACUGGCCUUCCCGCUGUCGACGAUGUUCUUGUUGCACCUACCGUGGUCGGCAAGCAGGUAUAUGACCUCGUCGCUGAUGAGCGGGGGAUUCAGCGCGCAAUAUAUGUUUUGCAGGCUGCAUUGGUAAAAGGGCGGGUGAGCGUUGAUACCUGGGUGCGGUUGACGAGGGGGUUGGCGAGAGAGGCGUUUUUGAAACGGGCGCUUUUGAAGAAGGCUGGGAAGGGGAUGGGAUUGGUUGUUGAGGAGGGUUAG